CUUCGGAACCGGAGUUUGGCUCUCCAGACCAGCGGCACCACUUGCAGUUCUUCACUGGAGAACCUUGUCCGUGUGUUGCGUUUGCUUCUCGGCUUCGGUCAAUGUACGCGUUGCGUAUCUUGUAGACCGGCCGAGAGUUUUACGCUUUGCUGCUGCUUGCGCGAACGGCUGGCAAGUGUGUUUGCAGCCCGUGGAGCAAAAGCGUAAGAGCCGUCCUUCCUGGAAUUUUUCCGGCUUUACGCUCGUUUUUGCCGACUGUUCCACACGCAAUGCUAGAGGAAAGUUUCAACAAGGGUCUUGUGGACCAUCGUGAAACCAGUUGGUCGCUACUGAUUCUCAGCUACGUGGGUCCCAAAGUGAUGUGCUUGACGGCUGGAACGAAGCACUGUGGACUUUCACUGCUUGUAGCUAGAGACCAUGGAGAGCUACAAUCUUCUUUAGAACCAUACGGCUACUUUCCUUCCUGGACGGACUCUUCUCAGAGGGGUAUUUCGCGUUGCGAGCGCUUAGCACCGCGUUCAGGAUCUAGAUGCUGGCAAACGACUCCCACCGGUGUUAUCUUCCCCGACUUUGUCGAUUCUCCGCGCCUGCUGCCUUCCAACUGACACUGUUCGCACGAUACAUCUCAGGACGUCAUUGCGUCUUGCGGUGUAGCGCCACAGCGUCUUGCUGGCUCAGAGACCGUCAAAACUGUUCCUCUCCGCAACGGACGGGUACAAGCGCCAUUUUCUCGACUCAUGCAAACCGCAUUUUUGCGGUCUGUGAGUGCAAGGGAGUUGCCUUCGCUUUACCCAGAACAGGUGGCUUGGUUCUUCAGCACGAACCAUUCCAAUCCCACCGGGCUGGUGGAAGUACGGCGCGCUGGGCACACAUGGAGCAAGCGCGGCGGCGCUGGUCCUCCGUGAGCGUGUCAGCCUCCUAUUGACCAGCGAUUUGCCAGUUGCACCCUUUUCGUUGAGGGCAUCUCUGCUAGGUGGUGCGGCUUCGUCUCUCUCUCGUCGCUCUCUCCUCAGGCCUUCAUGUGGUUCUCUGCGGUUCCGACUGGAGCUCCUCGCUCUCCAGGCACCUCUCAGGAUGCCGGCGAGACGUCGGCCGAUCCCGUCGACUGUACCGACCACACAGGAGGGGCAGAUGUCUCCCCAGGAAAGGAUGGCAAGUUCGCUGAGGCGCCGCCUGCGACCGAAGAGUUGGAUGAGAAGCAGACUUUCUGCUCCAAGAUCGUCACGAAGACGCUGCGGGCAGAUCCCAGUUCGUCGACGUGCACAUCGGGGGUCGAUCUCGAAUCUGAAGAUACGAUUUUGCAGAUCCGCGGGAGAGGGACGGGCUCUUUGUCUUUGACAAAGUUCGACAUCUCAGAAACUUCACCUGCCUCCAUACUUGGUCCGGAGGCGGCCGCUUCAGCUGGACCUUCCAAGUCGGCGACGCUGCCCUCUCUUGAGAAAACUGACGAAACAGAUGCAGACUGUGAAGUGCGACCGGACCUUGUGGCUGGGUCUGUCCUGCUGUCUCGCCCGUCACAGACCCUCUCUGCGCUGCAGAGUCGAAAAGAGGAUGAGGAACUGGCGCAUCUCCUACGAGACACGCUUCAGCCGAGAUCUCUCCGUGUCCUGGUCGUCGGAUGCGGAGGCCGUUUGGGCCGUCUUGUCUUCAAAAGACUCCUGCACGUGAAUCAGGAUUCUCACAGACGCUGGCUCCACGUUACCGGUGUAGCCCGAAAUGCAUCUGCCCGGGCAGCGCUUAUGAAGGAAGAGCCACAGCUGUGUCGCUCAGACAUCGUCGUCUGCGACAUUCGAAAUGCGGCGAGCGUCCGGGAAGUUUUCGGUUUGUCCAGGACUUCACACGCGUCGUCGGCUCCGAGCGGCCAGACGCUGUCCCAGAGACAGGCGCUAUACCGCCACGCCUGGGUUCGCUACCAGCAGAUCCGCGUGCACGCGAAGCGGGCGUUGCUGGCGACUCCGCCUGGCCCUGGGCGGAGAGUUAUGGCGGAGCAGUACAAGUCGCGUCUCGAGGAAGUCGAGCGCCGGCUUCUCGUCAUUCAGCCUUCCGAGAGUUUCUUUGACGCAGUCGUCAUCUGUACCUCGUCGCGGCUGGCCCCGAUUCGAGAGGUGCCUUCCGCGGUUUCCUCGUACAAUUUUUUCUCGACGGCGACGACAGGUCUGGGGCCGGCGUUCCAGGGUACGGCCGAGUCGGAGAGCUCCCACGGCUGUUGCCCCCCGGGAGACUACUGCGCGAAGCGAUCGGAGGGGAGGAGACGCACCCGCCUCUCGCUGUUCCGCCGGUCCACAGAGCUGCAUGCGCGCAAGAGUUCUCUGCGUGCGACACCUGAAGCCGCAGGUGCACAGAGAGGCGGCGCGGGCGAGGUGCAGGCGGCUGGUGAGGGCGCGCGGCCGAGUGGACGUCAGGCGACGGGGAAGCCGAUUCGGUCCUAUUCGUCGGUCGUCAGAACGGAAAAUCCGGAGGAAGCCCAAAGUGGCGUGGACAAAAUCUCGCGCAGUCUGCAUGACAUCACCUUGGCGCCGGCCUCCCAGUGCGAGACAUCGCCAUGCCGUCGCACAGGACUGCUAAUCUGGCCUCGAAGGUGGAAGCCGUUUAGUCGAGCAGGCCGCCUCGUUGCGCGUGUCGGUCGCCGCAACAGCGCGCAAAAGGAGAAGCCUAACUCCGACGAACGCACUCGGAAGUUGAAAGUUGAAGCGUCUUCCAAUGGCGCGCUUGACCGAGAGAGCGACCGAAAGAAGGAACCGCCCGCAGUCGUCGAAGAGGCAGGCAGCUGCGAGGCACAAACCCCCACGAAAGUGAACAGAGACGGAGAGUCGAGCUGGAAGCCGAGACGCUGCAGCCUAGAAGGUCGAGAAACGGAAGUGGAGGGAUCGACAAAGUGCGUCCUCCCCCAGGGCCUUGUCUACGACUACGUUGGCGGGGGGCCUCGAGAAAUCGACUGGCUCGGCCAGAAAAACAUUGUCGACGCCGCCAGGGAGGGUGCAGCAAUGCAUGUCGUCCUCUGUAGCAUCAUGGGAGGUACAGACCCUAAGCACCACUUGAACCAGCUGGGGCAACAGAGGAGCAAAAUUCGCCGCGGAGAGUCCGGCGGCGACAUUCUCUUGUGGAAACGACUGAGUGAACGGUAUCUGUUGAAGAGCGGCCUUUCGUACACCGUCGUCCAUCCUGGUAGUCUGUCAGAUGCUCCCGGCGGAUCGGGUCUUGCGGUCGGCAUCAACGAUUCUCUGGAGUCGAUGCCGGCGAAAACUGUUUCUCGAAGCGACGUCGCAAAUGUGCUGGUUCACUCGUUACUGGACCCGUCUUACUUGGACCAGAGCUUUGAUGUGUUGAAUGCACCGCCAAAGAGUAGAUCCACCUGCCAACUUGACACAGAGUCACUGGAGCUGUGGAAUCUGAUGAAUCAGCUGCCAGAGGCCAAGUAUGAUUACCGAAGCAGCGAGGCAGACCUCCUGCUCACUGCUCAUGAACAAGCACAAGAGCGUCGCGCUUCAGUUGAGCAGGUUUUAGCGGACCAUGCCACGCGACGACGCUAGAGCGUAUGCACAGAAACACUGGAAACAAAGCAGUGGAACGCUUUUGUCUGCAGCAAUGCGAGAGCGCCCGCGAGUAUCUACCUCACUGAAUUAGGCAUGUAGUGCUGACCUAUAAAGUUUGGCGACGAGCCUAGGUAGGAGAAACGGGAACGUAGUCAAAAGACUCCCCGAGCUCCUCAGUAUUUCUAGCUGGCGAGGAGAUAUGCCCGCGGCGAACAGUCGCAAAGUGUCGUGUAAAAAUACGAGCUUUCCGAUAUCAUGUGUUGUCGAAAGAUGUGAAGAGUUCGAGCUCCAUAAAAAGCGAGCUUUCAGUUGCUCCCCGCAUGUCAGGGGGUCGACUUGCUGUUAACCAUUCGCCAGCUAAUGGGAGAAGGAAAAACAAGGACUAAAGCGUCCCUUAUUCUCCAAGAUAUUGCCCGUUCAUGUAAGCGAAUUCGUCCUGUUUUAUAUACGAGCCUUUCUCCCGGUCCCGACGCCAAAGAGCAGAGUCUCAUGGAGGAACAUUGUAGGGGCGGAUAUCUAUUCAAACUUUUCAACAAGCAGUGCAGCACAGUUUUGGUCAGUCGCCUGCAGGAAGGAACAUCAAUGUGAAAUUAGGGGAAAAACCAAGGAGUCUGAAGUGUAAAGGCUGCUAGCGGACUAGGAACCCUAAAACGGGCAGUCGCGCUUGGUGUCUGUCGCAUGGCCAUGGACGUUGAGUGAGGGAAAGUCGCCGAUUUAAAAGCCCUCUGGAUGUGUGUUCAUACUUUAAACAGGGGUGCGGCAACUUCGUCUCAUACUUGUUUGACUUUGCUGUGUCUAAACGCUUUCGCCCUGGUUCGCUGCGUUUUUGCCGGAGCCCAUGUGCUCCCGGACCCGUUACAUGUUGGAACUCGACCAAGGACAGUCCAAUGUGCUUGUCCAACGUACCGCUUCACGAUGCAUGGAAACAAAUGAGUCUGUACAGCGCAGCCCGUUAGUGGUACAAACCACCUGUGAGCAGCGGCCAUCCGCCCAUACCGAGGAGAGUUUUUCAUCUUGUUGAAGGUCCGGACCAGCCCGUGCCAUGACAUGGACGAGCUUCUUCGCACGAUUUUUGCUUUCCAUUCCGAGUACACACCUUUGGUUAGAGGAAGGUCGCACUGCCCAAGAGAAACAACGUGUUGUUUAAGGUCUCUUUCGCGUG